AUGAAGCCCACGAGCCGUGGAAAAGGUCUAUGUAUUGAACUCGCCAUCAAUAUCUUUGGGGUUGCGCUUUCCUACUGGGUCGAUUAUGGCAUGAGCUACGUCCAAAACGAGGCUCAGUUUCGCUUCCCCCUUGCUCUUCAGAUCCUGUUUGCCAUCGCUACCUUUGGUGGCGUGUACCGUCUUCCAGAAUCCCCUAGAUGGCUUGUUGCCCAUGAUCGGAACGAGGAGGCAAGACAAAUCCUGUGGUCUACUCAGAACAAUGCUAAGACCAUUGAUAUGAACGAUCCCAGUAUAUCUCGCAACUUGGAUGAGAUCCAGUCGGCAGUAACACAGGAACGCGAGGCUGCUACCGGAGGGAGCUUUAAAACGAUUUUGAAAAACGGAGAGCAGAGAUUACUCUACCGAACGCUGCUGGGUGUUGGCGGACAAUUAAUGCAACAGCUUUCGGGUAUUAAUCUGAUCACAUAUUAUGCUCCGGUUAUUUUCCAGAAAUCCGUCGGAAUGUCUCACAACCUCUCCCUUCUCCUUGCUGGGUUUAACGGAAUCGCGUUCUUCUUUUCAUCAUUGGUUCCGAUCUGGAUUAUUGAUCGACCGGGACGUAGGAAACUGAUGCUCUUCGCCGCGGCUGGCCAAUGUGCUUGUAUGGCCGUUCUUGCGGGGACGGUGUCGGAGGGAAGCAAAAUCGCGGGCAUCUUUGUCAUAGUCAAGCUAUUCUUGUUUAACUUCUUCUUUGCAGUUGGACUAUUAGCGAUCCCAUGGCUGUUGCCCGCGGAAUACGCCCCUCUGACUAAACGAACCCGUGCUGCGGCGCUCGCUACGGCAUCGAAUUGGAUCUUUACCUUCCUCGUUGUAGAGAUCACCCCAGUGAGCAUCAAUAGCAUCGGAUGGCGCACAUAUAUCUAUUUCAGCGUCUUUAACUUUUUCUUUCUGCCUCUGAUUUACUUCUUCUAUCCAGAGACACAGCAUCUGUCUCUGGAGGAUAUCGAUGGACUAUUCACUGGUAAGAAGGUUCAACUUCAUUUGAAACCUGUCCAUGAUGUUGAAGGGAGAGAUGAGGGUGAAAAGUUGGAGGGGCACAGAUGA